UGCUCUUUGUCAUUGUCAACAAUAGUCGUCUGUGUACGACACGACUCAACCUCAUAUUAAUUUUAAUUGUAUUUCUUUGUUGUUAUCGUGAAAAAUACGCUUUGUUCGUUUAUAUCGUUAUAAUUUUCUCAUAAUUAAAAGUCAAUCCAAGUAGAAGUGAUCAUGUUAAAGUUUGAGAUAGUGUCGUCGCGUACUGUGGAGGGUGUGGAUAAAGAAAAGAAAUUCGUUGCUUAUAUGUUACAAGUACGGCACACGAAGGAUAACAAAGAGGUGGAAACCAGGUUUGACAAGGACCCCGCGAAUGUGGAACGCCGGUACACACACUUCCUAGACCUUUACAAUGGCUUAAAAAAGGACAAUCCCACUCUCUUGAACAAUGUGUCUUUCCCAAGAAAGAUGGUAAUGGGUAAUUUUGAUCCUAGUUUAAUAUCAAACAGAUGUGCAUCAUUUGAGUCACUGUUGGAACUGAUAGCCAAUGAUUCAAGGCUCAGGGAGUCCCCAGCAGCUCUAGCGUUUUUCAAGGAUGUAGAACUAAAUGAUGCCAGAAGACUUGUUGCUGAAAACAAGUUUGACCAAGCACUGUCUGUUCUUGAAACAAGCUUUAAAUUGUUAAAUAAGGUUUACACAGAUAGAUCUCGUGUAGUAUUAAGCGUACUAUGUCGUAUUGUGGCUUGUGCACCGGCAAGUGGUGGUGCUCUGGCGGGCCCGGUGGAAAAAUGGGCGCAGCUGGCACUGAGGAGAUAUGAAGCAGUCAGUGACUCCGACCUGUUACUUAUGUACGCACCACUGUUGCACACUUGCAUUUCUAUAUGGGAGACAUUAGGACGAGACAAAUCAAAGUUAGUUGAAGAACUGAAUGCUUUGCGUAAGAGAGGAAUGAAAGUGGAUUCUGUGCCCAGCCUUAUGGAAGCCAUUGAAAAUUUGGAAAUCGCCAUCUAGUGCAUCGUGACGGAACUACCACGUCUGGUCACAACUUGACAAGUUUAGCAUUUCAUAAUUCGUGCGGGUAGUAGGUACCAGAUGGCGCUACAGUCAAUUCAAAUGAAGGUAAAAUUAUAAAAAAGUAUUAAAUAGUAAAAAAUACCUACCCAUGGCAUUCUACAUUUGACAUAAUAAUAGUUUUAUACGGAAUUCUAAUUAAUUAUCAUAAGUAAAAAAUAUUGAAUGCAUAAGUAUAGUUAUAAAGUAUAAAUAUUUAUCCAUUUUUUAUUAGAAGCUAGAACUAGUUAGUCUGCUGGACCAACGCUAAUGCAGCUGUUUUAACAAAAACUAGAUAACAUAGUCGAUGUUCGUCGUGACAGAAGCUAAUUUAGAAAGUAAAUUGGUUUAGCUCUAACCAUCAUUUUGCUGAUUUUCUGGUAUGUUCUGGUAUGUUUUUAUUAAUCCUGCCUUACCCCCAUGUAGUUGAGGUUUUAUAUUAAAAAGAUGGUUUGAAGAUAAUGAGAAGAAACUGGAAAAGAAAUAAUAUAUGGUUUAGAAUAGGGCUACAUCGAAGCAUUUCGUCUAAAAAAGUGAUAUGGCUGUUUGACAUUUAUUUGCAUUACUUUUAUAUGAGCAAAUGUCAAAUUGCAAUAUUGUUUUUUUUUUAGAUGAGCUGCUUCGAGUGUGGCAUUUUUAAACUGAUACUGAAAAGUAUUCUUUUUUAACUCUAAUUUAGCUUCGUAUGCGCUGGACAGAGCUUUAGGAUAUUAAAUAUUAUUUACUUUAUACUGUCAUUUUUUCAUAGUUUUUGUUAAGUUUUAUGGAAUGUUAAUCUCAUUAGUUUUAAGGGAAGAUGUUUUUUAGCAAAUUAUUUUAAGUAUAGAUACCACUUUGAAAUCGCCAAAUAAUAUACAUUAUUAGCCUAUAGAUGUAACUAUGUCAUAUUAAAGUGAUCUUAAAUAAUCCCGAGUGCCUACAACAUACUACGUA